AUGCCAACUCUAUCGCGAACUAUAAGUCCUUUGCUACGUACAAGUCGAUCAGUCUUAAGACAGACAGGGUCCAGCAAUCCUGUCCACCAAAUUUUUGCAAAGGACAUUCGAUGUGCACGCGGACUUGCCACAGCGUUUGAGCGCACUAAGCCUCAUGUCAAUAUUGGCACAAUUGGUCACGUUGACCACGGCAAGACCACGCUGACUGCCGCCAUAACGAAGAGACAAGCCGAGAAGGGCUACGCCCAAUUUCUUGAGUAUGGCGCCAUCGACAAAGCUCCAGAGGAACGCAAGCGUGGAAUCACAAUAGCUUCGGCACAUAUCGAGCCUCAAACCAGAGAGCAUCUCCUCUUGGCCAGGCAGGUUGGCGUGAAAAAGCUCGUUGUUUUUGUAAACAAAGUGGAUGCAGUAGAGGACAAGGAGAUGUUGGAGCUUGUGGAAAUGGAGAUGCGAGAACUUCUCAACACAUACGGUUUCGAGGGAGAUGACACACCUAUUGUCCUUGGUUCUGCUCUUUGCGCAUUGCAGGGCAAGUCACCGGAGAUUGGUGCUGAGAAAAUUGACGAGCUCUUAAAAUCGGUAGACGAAUGGAUACCCACACCAGAGCGAGAUACGGAGAAACCCUUCCUAAUGGCAGUGGAGGACGUUUUCUCCAUCCCUGGAAGAGGCACAGUAGCUAGCGGCCGAGUGGAACGUGGUCUCUUGAAGCGAGAUGCUGAGGUGGAGUUGGUGGGAAAGGGCGGCAAUCCAAUAAAGACCAAAGUCACAGAUAUAGAAACUUUCCACAAAUCGUGUGAAGAGUCGAGAGCUGGCGACAAUUCGGGACUUCUCCUGCGAAGUGUGAAGAGAGAGGAUGUCAAGCGAGGUAUGGUAGUGGCAAAACCCGGCUCAGCGAAGCCACAUAAGCGAUUCUUGACAUCUAUGUACGUCUUGACCAAGGAGGAAGGUGGUCGACAUACGGGCUUCCAUGAGAACUACAAGCCACAAAUUUUCUUACGAACAGCUGACGAAGCGUGUGCAUUCUUGUGGCCCGCAGACAAGGAAGAUAAGGAACAAAUGGUGAUGCCUGGUGACAACGUUGAGAUGGAAUGCGAAAUAUUUCAGCCAAUCGCUCUUGAGGAGGGGCAACGCUUCAACGUUCGAGAAGGCAAUCGCAUCGACGGACUUCACGCGAACGGUGAGUGGGAAUCUCAUGAACAAGCAGAAGAAGCUAGGUAG